UUCAGCUACACGACUAACAACGUGUUACACGAUUGUCAUCAUUUGUAUAUUUGACAAAAAAAAAAAAAAAAAGAAACGAUGUAGUUUUAUUAGUAUUUGUUGUUGUCUCUUGUAAUACGGCACUUUCAAAACAAAUGAUACACAACCGGAUGUAAAAAACAAAGAAAAUAUCAAAAGAAUUUUCCUAAUAAUUCAUGAAAAAUUCAUUAAAAACUUUUAAAAAAUAUCAAACACUUGUUUUCAACAAUUAAAACAAGUACAUCACUACAAACAUGUUAAAAAUUAACAUUUUCAAUCUAAUAUGAAUACAACAAACAGCCUAUAAAGAUUUUUAAGUGCAUAAAUGUGUCUGUAGUUAUAAAUCUACUACAUAUAUACAAAUGUGUGUGAGAAAUAUACAAACAUAGAUACAGUAGAUAGUGGUAUAUUUAUGUACUUGUAACUUGAAAAAUAAGUAGAAAAAAAAAUAUACAUCCAAUCUUUAAUAAAUGAAAUAUAACUCAAAUUUAAUUUGACUUAAUAAUUUUCGAAAUAAUAACAAUAUGGCGGAUAUACGUUUGCGAAUUGAACAACCAGUUCAUUUGCCACCAGGUAUGGGGCGAAGACCAAUACAUCCAUUACCUAAAAUUGGCUUAAGCUGCAAUGAUGAUAACAAUAUUUCGAAACACCAUCAUCAUCACCACCACCAAAUGCCACUUUCCCCCAGUUCUGAAGAAGACAAUUCUCCCACGGAAAUGAAUAAUUGUCGUCGUUUACUAGACAAACCACCCUUGGUAAAACGUUUAACUAUGGGCAUGGGUUUAAAAAGAUCCACCGAGGAUAGUAGACCUUUAGUGCAUACAACCUCAUCGUCAUUUAAUUCGUAUACACAACAAAACAUAUGUGAUGGUUAUGUUAAUGAAGCCAUUUGUGAUCCAGAUAAAAUGAUUUCAACACGAUUUGGUGAUUCCUGCAGACAAUCUCUAACAGAUUUGAAAACAACACAAAGUCUUCAGGAACAAAAUGAAUUUGGUUAUCAGAAAUCGUUUCUAAGAAAAACAUGUAGUGCCAAUUCUAGCCCUAAACACAUUUCAUCCAGUACACCUUUAAGAUUAGAAGGUCUUAGCUUGGCGGAGCAGAGUGAGUUAAGAGGUGCACCUUGGUUUCAGGCCGGCAUACCCAGAGACAUAUCUCUAGAGGUAUUGUCAAAACAAAAUCCGGGUGCUUUUUUAGUUAGACAAAGCAAUACUAAACCAGGAUGUUUUGCUUUAUCACUUAGAGUACCUCCACCAUCACCAAAAGUGGCUCAUUAUUUGAUUUUAAGAACACCAAGAGGUUAUAAAAUUAAGGGGUUUACCAAGGAAUUUUCAUCGCUUAGAGCUCUUAUUACCCACCAUUCGGUUAUGCCCGAACUUUUGCCCAUACCUUUGAGCCUUCCCCGACCAGCAGCAAAUGGCACUAAUCGCAAUAAUAGUUCAGAAUUUGAUAAUUCAGAUACUUAUGGCUCAUUAAAUGAUUUUCGUAAAAUGAUGUCUGAUCUCAAUGUAUGACUAUAAUAUGAAAUUGUUGUCGUAAUACGUUGCUAUUGGUCCAGUAAAGUGCAAAAUUUCAAUUUUUAUAGCAGUACAUUUAUAGACAUAAUGAAGAGAGCUCUCGAAAUUAACAAAGACUGUGUAAAUUAAUAAACAAAUUAUUUAAAUAACUUUCAUAUCGAUGAUAGUUUCAAAAUUUUUUCUACAUAAAACCGAACUUAAAAAAAACAAGAAAAGACAAGAAUAAUUACAUUAUAAACUAGAACAUAUCUUAAUAGAUUUUAUACCACCUUUAGAAAAAUUUUAAAUCAAAAUCAUUUUUGUUCUACACAACUUUGAAAUAAUGAAACUUUGUUAGAAAAUAUCUAUUCGCUUACGGAAACAUUGAAUUUAUAUUAAAUAUGUAAAAUAUUUAAAGAAA